GUCGGGAGAUAAAAAUAUGUUGAUGUGUCACGGAGGGCACUCCGGCAGAGUUUCAUCCCAAAUCGAUGUCCAGUCUCUCUACGGAACUGUGGGGCAAUUGUAUCAAGUUCUAAGACUUGAAACUCAAAUAUGGGAUCUGAAACCCCAAACAGUACUGUGACACUCAUCUGUCCUGAUGUUGUACCUUUCUCAGAGAGCUACUUUGCAGAAAUAUCUACCGGGCUUGUGGCUGCUAUUGCAGUUGGUGCAGUGGUUACUGUAGUUAUUGUCAUCAUGUUUGUGGAGAGCACCUGGUUUAUAGUCCAACACUACCUAGAAAGAAAGACAAAAAUUCUGUCCAUAUGGAUGAUUGGCCUUCAACCAGUGUUUGCAGUGACAGCCCUGAUAGCUGUGUGUAUACCGCGAUCCGCCUUGUUGUCGGAUCUGAUGGCUGCAAUCUACAUGUCCCGCUGUCUCCAGCUGUUCCUCUUUCUGCUGAUCCACUACCAUGGAGGGGAGCAAUCUUUCAUCGAUCACAUGUCAGGGGAGACAAUAAACCUGCGCAGCCCUCCCGUGGCCUGCUGCUGCGUCUGCUGCCCCAAGAUAGCUGUAAAUGAGAAGAACCUCCUCAGAAUCAGGAUGUCUGUUUUACAAUUUGCCGUUUUAAGACCGAUCUUUGUGCUUCUGGCUGCUGUGUUGUGGGCUGAUGACAAAUAUCAGAACGGAAAGAUGAGGCCAAACCAGGCCUCGCUAUACAUAACUGUGUUGAAUGUUGUGUCCGCACUUACAGCCAUGUACGGCAUGGUCCUUGUAUUCAGAGCGUCCAGAAAACACCUGAAGGAGUUCAACAUUGUCCCAAAGUUCAUCUGCAUGCAGCUAGUGCUUGUCUUCAGCAACCUGCAGGGCAUUGUCUUUAAUAUUCUGGCCAGUAGCAACCUUCCUCCUUGUUCACAAAUACUGCCUUCUACUGCACGAGGCAAUGUUUGGAACCACCUGAUUAUAAUUGUGGAAAUGUUCUUGCUAGCGCUGCUUGCUCGGCGCUUUUAUCGCAGGAUAGAUGGAUCACUGAUCAUCGCAGAUGUUGAUGUUAUGAGCUCAGGUGACAAAGACAAAGCACAGAAGAACGAGAAUUCUUCCUUGAACAAUGACACCAACAUAUUGAAAUACACCAACAGUGGAAUGGAAUUAGAGGAAAGCAUUACUUACAUGUAGAUGUUGAUGAGAGUGGACACAGAAACGGUUAUAUUGCUGAUUGAUGGCAAGAGAACUGUGACGCAGGAUACAGGAGCGUGUGUCACAAAAUGAAUAUUGUAACUAUAUUUUAUCUCAGACUCACAACAGUCGUGGCACAGUCAGGGCUAUGAAACUCGUUAGCUUUGGGAUUCACAGCCACUACAGACACUUCUUUUCUUAAUAAUUUUAUUCUUUUAUUGCAUUUAUCAACAUUUUACAGGAAAACAAAUAACAAUGACCUCCGGGUGAUAUGAAAUAACAUAUAUCUUUGUACAUAUUAAUCAGCACGAGAGUGGAAACGUGUACACAGACUAACAAAAUAGAGUAUGACAUGACGACCAGAAUCUAUUAAAGAGGAACAUUUAGUGAUCAUGUAGUAUUGUUGUAGAAUGGUGGCAUAGUUUGGUGAAACUUACUUUGAAAAUAAAUAAUUUAAAAGUA